UUCAGUCACCCAGUCCCGUCAGGUUGUCAGAUAGGUACGCAACUCCCGGCCAUUCCCUGGGGGGGAGUAUCUGUCAUGCACCUCGCGACUGACCUGAAGGGGCUUGCUAACAUCUAAGGCAAAGGCAAUGCAGCAGUAGUGCGAGAAACGGGACCAAUGUUGGUAGACUAAGUGAGCACCAAUGUCCAGUUGAUUGAGGAGAGGAGUCGAGAGGGUUUAUCCGUGAGGUAAGGUAAGGUACCAAGUGCGGUUCAGGAACAUACACACCACGAUGCAUGCGCUACUCCGUGCAGCUGCAGCACAUUUCCGCAGGACCGUUCUAGCGGCCAACCUUGGGCAAAUGACGGGGGGAAACAUCCAUCCGAAUCGAAAUGGGGGGGGAGAAAAACAAAAAAUGCGGCGGCGGGUGACGAUGGAAUCCCUGGACCAUGAAUGCGAGCGAGGAAAAGGGAAAAAAAAAAAGGGUGGUGGUCGGUGCAGUGCCCGCCGGCCCCUCACUCACAUUUUGGCAAGAGCGAAAGAAAGGGAGGUCGGGGGACCGCUCCAACAGGGAUCACCUGCUGAUAGCACGAAUUGCGCCAGUUGCUCAUCAGACGCGUGGACGGAGUAUCGAUCAGUACCUUGCCUUAGACUUUGCCGUCCACGGGUGGAAAGGUGCAUACCUAAGUACAGAUGCUUUGUAUCGUGAGGUUAGGCAGGAAAGAGAGCAGGAGAAGCAUCUCUCUCCUUCUGUUGAUGUUAUCACCAUUUCACUUCAUACUGAUCCCAAGAGGCAAGAGCAAGAUACUUUCUCCA